UAUAAAAACUCCUUCAAAAUUCAAAUGAAGAAGCAGCAGCUACAUUCAUAAUUCAUUAUUGGCAACUCAUUCUGUCUGCAUUCAUAAUAGUCAAGCAAUUAAUAAAUCAAUGGCGAGUGAGGAUGGAGUGAUCAAGAUCAUCAGGAACAAGCAGGUGAUUCUGAGGGACUACGUGUCUGGCUUCCCCAAAGAAUCCGACAUGCAAGUAGUGAACAGCGGCACUAUAAAGUUGAAGCUUCCGGAAGGUUGUGAGGGGGUUUUGGUGAAGAACUUCUACUUGUCGUGCGAUCCUUAUAUGAGGAGACGCAUGACCAAGUACGAUCCUGGCGCCCGUUAUGUCGACUCCUUCAACCCCGGUUCGCCUAUAAGCGGAUAUGGAGUGGGUAAAGUGUUGGAAUCCGGAGAUCCCAAGUUUAAGGAAGGCGACUUGGUUUGGGGAACUACCGGGUGGGAAGAAUACAGUCUCAUCACUGGCACUGCAACUCAGUCUUUGUUUAAGAUUCACAACACCCACGACGUCCCUCUCUCUUACUAUACUGGAAUUCUUGGUAUGCCUGGAAUGACUGCUUAUGCUGGUUUUUAUGAGGUUUGCUCUCCUAAGAAGGGAGAGACAGUGUUCGUUUCAGCAGCAUCUGGAGCAGUAGGUCAGCUUGUUGGCCAGUUUGCAAAGCUCUCUGGUUGCUAUGUUGUUGGUAGUGCUGGAACCAAACAAAAGGUUGAUUUGCUGAAGAACAAGUUUGGUUUUGACGAGGCUUUCAACUAUAAAGACGAACCUGACCUUGAUGCAGCUUUGAAAAGGUACUUCCCUGAAGGAAUCGAUAUAUACUUUGACAAUGUUGGGGGAAAGAUGCUUGAUGCAGUGCUACUAAACAUGAAGAUGAAUGGCCGAAUUGCAGCUUGUGGGAUGAUCUCACAGUACAACCUGGAGCAGCCUGAAGGUGUACACAAUUUAAUGUCUCUGAUCAUGAAACAGGUCCACUUGAAGGGCUUCCUGGUUUUCAAUUACUAUCACCUUUAUGGAAAGUUUCUUGAAACGGUUCUGCCUGCCAUAAAAGAAGGGAAGAUAACCUACGUGGAAGAUGUAGCUGAAGGCCUUGAGGGCGCUCCAGCAGCUCUGAUCGGGCUCUUUGCAGGCAACAAUGUCGGAAAGCAGGUGGUUGUAGUUUCCCGAGAGUGACUUUCAUUUCAUCACACUUGGGUUGGGAUAUCUAAACCUGUUGCUUGCUAGCUACAUGGCAAAAUUAAGAUUAUUGUAAAGUGUAAUUUGAGGCAUAUAAUUACAUUAUGCAUUUGGUUUGUACAAUUUUUUGUAAGCUUGUUUAAAGGGGGUGCGCUGUUGCUCCCUCU